AUGAAUUAUAAACUUUGUGCUUACACAAGUGAUGAAAAAUUACUUACAUAUGCAAGUAGAAAUGCAGAAGUUUGGGUAACUGAUCGUUAUAUACGAUCAUUUAUGGAAGCUGUUCUAUUCGAUUUUAAAGCUAAUACAUUUGCGCCAAUUUCGGGUAGGCCAUGGAUGUAUCACAAAUAUAUUUAUAGCAAGCCAACAGUUGAUAGCUUCACGGGAUAUGUGACACCGUCUAAAUACAAUAUACCUUUACACCUUUGUGCAGUUGGUAGUUAUAAUCUGACAAUUGGUAAUUGGAAUAAGGAAGAUUUUACGAUGAAAAUUGGAAAACGUGAAGUAUUAGCAGAACCUGAAGCAUUUUGCUAUUUCAUAGUUUCUUUGGAAUUUAAGGAAACUGAUCGAAAGCCGCCAACAUCGUUAGAAAUAAAGUAUGGAAGUGAUACAGAAGAAUUAUGCAAAGAUGAAGGAUGCAAAAUUGAAGCACCAAUUUGCUUGCAAGAUUUAAUUUCAACAGAUCAUGUGAUCGCUACAUUUAGAUGCUGCUGUAAUGAGGAUGAUUUGUGUAAUCAUUUUGGAAAUAAAUAUUUUGAGGAAACUAACCAACUUAUUAGUUCUACGUAA